GUGGAGAUUCUUUCAUGGCUGCCAGUCAAGUCGUUGGGCCGCUUCAGGUGUGUAUCUAAGCCAUGGAAUGCUCUCAUCGCUGACCCUAAUUUUAUCAAAAUGCACUUUGACAAAACUUCUGAGAACGAUGAUGUGUUCUACCAAAGACGAAGACUCAUUUUCAAUGAGCCAGGUUGCUGUUCCCUUUACUCUGUUAACCUCGACCAGUUAAUUCUGAAUCAGAAUAAUGAUCAUGGUGCUGAUGAUUUGAUUGCCCCUGAGGCCCAAUUGGUUUGCGGUGACCUACCAUCUUACAGGGUUGUAGACCUGUUUUACUGUGAUGGUUUGUUGUUGUGCAAGCUAGCUGAAAUGCCAAUGACGAUAUAUCUGGUUAACCCAACUACCGGGGAAUCCGAGGAACUGCCAGAGGCACCAGAUAAUAUACAACACCUGGGUUUUGGAUUUGAUCACUCCACUGAUGAUUACAAGGUGGUUUCUGCUGUGUUUUAUGAUAUGCUUGUGUUUUGUGUCUAUUCGUUGAAAACCGGUUCAUGGGAGGAGCUUGAGUGUUCACUUCCCUAUUCUGGGGCAUAUACCUUUCAUGCGGUCCUGCUCAAUGGAACUCUUCAUUGGAUAAUGGAAACACCAGACCAGACAUCCAUGAUUGUAGCUUUCCUUUUAGAAGAGGAGCAGGCUGGAGAAAUUCCUUUGCCGGUUGAGUAUUCCAGUGAUGCGGGAGAUUGUGUGUUGGGGGCCUUCAGGGACUGCCUAUGUUUAACACAUUGUAGUGAUGAAAGAACUUAUAAUGAGUUUUGGGUCAUGAAUGAAUAUGGAGAGGGGCAGUCGUGGACUAAGAUAAAGAUCUCCAUCCCUUAUUCCGAAUUAUCACUUUCAGGUUUUUGGAAGGAAAAUCAUGAUCUGUUGGUGUUCCAGAAGCAAUUGGUUAUGUACAAUUUUAAGGAACAAAGCUUUUGCAAUCUGUCAAUCCCUGGAUUUCCCCAUGUUGAUUGCAUUGGAACCUACUUGGAGAGUCUUGUUUCACCGAAUUACUAUGGCAUUACUGAUCGAGAACAUUAAGCAUGAGACAAAUGCAGAUAGAAGAGAUCUGUUUUCUCCAGAAGACAUUAGGUUCCUUUUCUGGUUCUAGAAGAAAUGAUCUUGAAGACCCAAAAAUUGGUUGGUUUGGCUGGCUACCGUAGAAUGUACCGGUCAAUUGGAUUAUCAAGUGUCAUGCCCGAAGGCCCAAGUUUGACUGGCCCAGCUCCAACAACAACUGCAAGUCAAGUCCUGACAAGUUCUACCCG